AGGGACGAGUUGAUCAAAUCCAUAAUUCUUCUUUAUGUUUUUAGAGAACAAGUCUGGGAGACCGUCUGAGGGUUAGAGAAUAAGCGAGACUAUACAAAAGACAUGAGAAGCCAAGCAGGGAAGAUGAGGGUGAAGGAGAAAGUGCGACCGCCUCCCUCAAGAGCCAAGAGUUUUUCGUCUUUUAAACCAAACUUUGAACAUUAAACUCUUUCGCGCGUCCUCCUUCUUUGUCUUCAUGCUCAAUCAUCCAGAUCCAAGAUUACGAACUCCUACCCUGGUGGCCUGUGUAAAGUAUAAACCUCCUCCUAACGAGGUGUUCACCGAGUCCAGUCUGACCGUGAUGAAGAUCCAGCUGCCCACAAGUGUGGACGCGUACCUGGAGGACCUGAAGCAGCUGAUGGACACCAGUCAGCCAAUCAUCUCCCACUACGAGCUCCAGGGGCACACCAUCAUCAUCCAGAUGGACUCUGUUCCCUCAGACAUAUUUCUGUGCGUGGGCUUUCGGAUUAGGACCACGUUUAAGGUGACCGGAGCCACCAAGUCCUUGCUCAGUGUCAGCGAGCCCCAGGACAGAGGCAGUUUGUGCACAAAGCAGUUCUCCUAUGAGCAGCAGAAGCUGCAGCGCCUCUGUCUGGGCGAACAGUGUCAGUGCAUGACAGCGGCGUGCGCCACCUACAGAGGAGACGUGGACGUGACGCUAACACUAGACAAACGAACCAACGAGACGUGUCAGCCUCACAUCAAAUACGGUGAGCCGAGCGAUGCAACAAAACGCCACGUUUACACCCCAGCUCCGCCCCAGAGCCCCGUGCAGCCACUCAGUGGUAAACCUGAAUAA